ACACUUAAAUAUAACCUAACUAUACUAUGUUGGGCAGCCAAGUAAUAUCAGAAUGGCAGGAUAGCCCGUCAACAAUCCUGCCAAUUAUCACAGAACUACUAUCCAGCGGCAUACAAGUUUGGAUAUACAGUGGCGAUGUCGACGGUAGAGUCCCUGUAACAUCAUCUAGAUACUCUAUUAAUCAGCUUAAACUUCCGGUGAAGACUUCUUGGAAACCGUGGUCCAUCGAGGAUGAGGUUGGUGGAUGUAGUGUAAUCUAUGGGGAUGGAAAUCUAACUUUCGUCACCGUGAGAGGAGCAGGACACGAAGUUCCGAGUUACCAACCGCUGCGGGCGCUCGUGCUCGUACAAUCUUUUCUCAUGGGAAAGCAGCUGCCGGCUUGAAAUUAAUGGCACCCAUCAUCUAUAUAUAUCGCAACAAUUUUAGUUUAUCAUAUCAACAACACGCAUAUCAAUGGAUAAAUAUGAAUAAUUUGUGUUCACAUCUAUGAUUAUUAUUGUUUAAUAAGCAUUAGAUGUUGUGUUGUGUGGUUGUAUGCGUGCUUGAUCUUAUACUAUGGUGCUACGCCGUGCAUGUAUAGAAAAGACUAUCUAUUUGUAUAAAAAACUCUUUGUCCAUGUAGCAGGUCUAUGUA